GGCGUGUGCUCGUAUACUGUGGAGUUGGUAGCGGCGAGGACUCGUGGGGAUAGUGAAGCAGCAACUCUUGAGAUCCGGCCUUCUCAUCCAAAUCCCCCCGAGAGUUUGUUCAGCUGGUCAUCUUUUGAUCUACGUUGGUCAUUUUUGUCCCUUGUUCUGGCCGCCUUUCCUCAUCAAACAGCAAUGCGGCUGGCUGCCCUGCCCAGCGUUGCUUUCCUGUUGUGUUUCUCUCUGGUGGCUUGCCGCUGUCCUUCCACAUGCCGGUGCCCUCCCGGCCCGCCUCGCUGCCCGCCCGGCGUCAGUCUGGUCCUGGACGACUGCAGCUGCUGCCAAGUGUGCGCUCGGCAGCUCAACGAGGACUGUGACAAGCUCUCGCCCUGCGAUCCCCACAAGGGCCUGGAGUGCAAUUUCGGGGCCGACCCCUUGGCUAGCCGGGGCAUCUGUUGGGCAAAGCAAGAAGGUCGGACUUGUGAAUACAAUGGCCGUAUCUAUCAGAAUGGGGAGAAUUUUCAGCCUAGCUGCAAACACCAAUGUACCUGCAUCGAUGGGGCUGUGGGUUGCCAGCCUCUCUGCCCCCUAGAGCUGCCCCUGGCCUCAUUGGGCUGCUCCAGCCCCCGGCUCCUUAAGGUACCUGGUCAGUGUUGCAAGAAGUUUAUGUGCAGCAAAGGACCCAAGAAGUAUGGAGGGGUCACCUUUGAGUACAACUCAAACGGCGAGGACAAUGGCAAUGAGCUCAUCUAUGUAGGCAAAGGUGGACACUGGAAAAACCUACCAGCAUGGAGGCCGUUCUUCCAGAGUCAUGUGACAAAACAGCAGCACAAAUGCUUGGCUCAGACCACAGACUGGUCACCGUGCUCCAAGAGCUGCGGCUUUGGCAUCUCCACACGAGUCACCAGCGACAACCCUCAGUGCAAACUGAUCAAAGAGACCCGGCUGUGUCAAAUCCGGCCCUGUGGGCAGCCUGAUUUUACCAAGCUCAAGAAGGGCAAGAAGUGCCUGAGGACACACAAGAUGCGGGAGCCAGUCAGGUUUAGCUAUGCUGGCUGCAAGAGCCCACGCCGUUACCAGCCCAGCUUCUGUGGGGCUUGCCAGGACGGGCGCUGCUGUGUGCCCUUGCGCACCCGCACACUGAGCGUCCCCUUCCAUUGCCCUGAUGGAAACUCCUUCUCCAAGAACAUCAUGAUGAUCCACACCUGCCAGUGUGGCCCAACUCAUUGCGCAGUGCUCAGUGAAGCUGCCAUGGGUCCCCGGUACCAGCUCAAUGGGGAUAUUCACAAGUUCCUGGAGUGAUGGAGCCUGCUGCCCCCUUUUCUGGUAGCUUGUGAGCUGAGCUGGCCUCUCUAACGACUUUGAGCACCCUUAUGGACUUGUGUCCCAGCGUUUGACCUAGAAAGUCAGGGCACCCUGGACUUGCCCUGCUACCGUGAGUGCAAAUGUGGCUAAAAUUUUUGAAGGCAACAUGGAUUUUGGAGGUAGAUAAACUCCUCAAUAUUUGGGGGAAUGCAUUGUGCUUGCUGGGAUCUCCAGCCGUCUGGGGGACUGGAUCUCAUGGCAUUGGGUUCAGUCUCUCCAUUCAACCCAACUUGGCUCAGGCUGGCACUGGGCCUGAGGCAACUAGUAGGAAAGGCAGCCCCAGAAGUCUUGGCUUUUUUCUUCCACACUUCUGGCCAUGGUGCUGGUGAAAGCAGCAGGAAGCGGGAGAACGGUAGGACUGCUGGAUAUUGGGGCUGCCAAACCCUAAGAGCUCUGAUGUCCUAAAGGCCCUACAGUUAGGAAGAGCAAAGCAGAAACGCAAGGCAGGUGAACCAUAGCUAAACUGGAAGCAGGGAUUAGGUCUGUCAUCGUUAUCUCAAAAAGAAAUAUAGCUCUGUCUAGAUUGGUAUCUGGACAGCCCCAUGAAUACUUAGGUAGAAUGAGAUCUGGUCGUGAGCUGAGACAAAUAAGUAUUUCAUUUUUGGAGGAAGAGAUUAAAAUGACCCCAGAAGGUUGAUGGGACCUGCUUUGCCUGAAGCACCUACUCUUUGCAGCUGUGCCUCUAUUGCUCUUGUCUCUUCCUCAGAGAGAGACCUUGCCUUCCCAGUCUGUCUCCCUUUAAAUUAGAGAGCUGCCUUGUCACCCACUCCUCCAGCUCACAGCACAUCCUAGUGGUGAGAUGAUUCCUGGAUUAUUCACACAAUUCCAAUAGAGGGAAGCAUACAUUAAAGACCUCACCCAGUGGCACUUGUUCCCCCCGCCCCACCAACUCCUGCCUCAGCAGUUCCACCUCCCACCCUGCUCAGAAUUGUCAAAUAAAUAAAAAAAAUGAGGGGAGUGGCGGAAAUGGGGGGGGGUGGAUGGAGAACAUGAGUACAUGCAUAUUGCAAGUUGCAGACACUAGUUUUUUCGGAAAGCUGAAGUGAGCAUGAAAGAGGGAUUUUUGCUCAGUGUGUACACUCAUUGCACUGCUUUUGCCUCUGGAAAACAGGUUUGAAAAGUUUUCUGUAUACAGUAUUUCAAAAACCUGUUUGUUCAGAGAUGACAGUGGGACUGAAGAAAUAAGUGUAUCCAUCAUACGUUGCUAAUUGCAGCAACAGAGAUUUGCAACAGGCAGUCUGUGUCUGGAGGAGAAAUCCUACUCCCCAGAAAACCUAUCCCACCACGACUGAGCCAAAGAGCACCCCUCACAACCAUGGUUAAUGCACUUUUUCUUUCAUCCUGUUCCCGAUAUGUUCCUGGAGAGAAGCAAAAGGGAUGCUCAGAGGAACAGGGUGUGAUGUUGGAAAGGAUUUGGAGCAGUUUGUAAUUCUUGUCCAGUUGGGGAAAUUAUAUUUAUGAGUGCAGCAAAGUAGCACUUGUUGCAAAGAAGGAGAUUUUAUUUUAUUGUGCCCGCCCCCAUAAAGGAAAGCUUCAACGCUAGUUUGGAGUGAUGGCUUUUUAGCUUCAUAAUGAAGCCCUCCUUGCUUUGCAUCAUUUAAGCAGAGCUUUGAUUCCACCCUCUCCUUCUUAGAUCUGUGUUGCUAGAGUGAAUAGUGAAAUGUUGGUCAUUUCUUUCGGUAUCUGUGUCUCAUCGUGCUUGACUGGAAGCUUUGGUGUGGUAAGAUCCAAGUCCCUGCCCUUCCAAAAGAGCUGACUUACACAAAGGAGUGGGCUUGAUAUAAUACUAGCUGAGGUGGAUGGUGGGGUGGGUAAAUGAUAAGAUCUUACAGACCUCUGUUACAGUUCUAUGAACCUGAAUCCUCAUGGAUAUAAUGUUAAAUCUGACCACAGUAUUAGCAGCAUUUUACGUAUUUCAAAUGUGGAAUAGAGAGUUACUGCUGGUUCUGCUGUUUUGGAACUGAAUCCAAGACUCAUUUCUCCAAAUCUAUAAGGGAAUAGGCUUUGCAAAACCAGCAGGAUCUGACCUUAGGUGGGAAGCUCUUGUUACUUCCAAUAUGUCCCUCUCCUUAUUCUUAGACCAAAGUUGCCCUCUCCAGGGGCAGAGCUGUAAUUGUGUGCACAGGUUCCAAGAACCCAUGUGCAGCUGCCGCUGGGGCCACUGCGCUCACCACCAUGGGCACCUGGCAGUGCCCCCCCCACUCCUUCUCUCCCUGCCACCCAUGUGGGGCUCCCCUUUUCUCCCCACUGCACAUGCAGCAGUGGUGGCAGCCCUGACCUAGCAGCCUGGGGUAGUAGGCUGCCCUGCCCCAAUGUUCAUUCCCGACAUGAGCAGGCAACACCCCUUUUCACGCCAUCAUGCAUGCGGAGGGAGGGCAGACUACUACCUCAGGCUGCUCCAUCAGGGCCGCCGCCACCACUCAUGCAGCGGGGAGAAAAGGGGUGCCCUGUACCCAGUGGGGAGAGAAGGGGCGCCACAGGUGGGCUCCACCAGCAGGUUGAGGGACGGGUGGCUCGAACACAGACUGUCUAUGCCCACCCUACAUCACUGGCCCUCUCUACAUUAAAAUUUUAAGGCUGCAAUCCUAAAUACACUUACUAGGGCUUUACUUGUGCGGUAGAGCUACAAUCCUAUGCACACUUCAGAGCAAGCCCCUACUUUACAUGUUAGUCAGUUUGGUGGAUUAGGGGAAUGCAUUGACUAUAAUAUAUCUCCUUCUGCAGUGCUUUCAAUAUUCUCAUAAGAGGGAUAGAAUGUAUUGCACUGUCAUGGGUAGUUAAAGAAGAUGUAGUGCUUAGUGGAUCUCUGUCAAAUAGUGGGUGUUAACACGCACUGUUGCUUUUCAACAUGUUCAUCAAGGUCUGCUGAAGCAGUGGAGUGUAUAUGUACCAAAUCUGGAAAAAAAUUAAGUGAUGACAUGCAAGAGAUUACAAGUACUGUGGCUCAAGAUCAUUUGCUAUAACUAUAAAUAAGAGCAGUGAUCUGAAAAUAAUAAAACAAAAUGCACCAAAAACAAAUGUUAUCUACUCAGAAUUUUAUAGAUAUAUAUGAUAUUAUAUAGAAAUACAUAAAACAUGGCCCACAUGAUGAGGAGAAUUACUCACAUUUAAAUUAAAAGUCAAUACCUAACUUGUCCUUUUAAUUUCAAAGGGAGCACUUUGAAUAAUUUUCCUCCUCAUGUAAGCCAGUGAAAAUUGCCAGGAUAUAGUAUCCCUGAGGAUCUGAAGGUUCUAGUAAUUAACCUCAAAUGGAAUAUGUUAGCAUUAAGUCACUGUUGCACUGGGCAGGGAACCAUUAAGGGUUGUAUUAACACAAAGAUGGUAAGAUACAGAACAUAAUUACAUUAUUCUACACUGAUUAAAUCUCAGUUCUUGACAAAUGCAAACAAAAGAGCACUUAGAUGAGAGCAAUAAAGUGAGUUAUGGCUUUAGAACUGCCCAAGAAAAGGGGCUUGGUGAGCUUAGAUUUUAGUGUGGGAGGGGGGGGAGACGACGUGAAUGUGGCACAUGAUAGUUGUUUACAAAUAACUAAACGGAGCACAUCAACUGUCUGCUACUAAUAAAAGGUCCAAAGUGCAGUUUGAUAAUUUAGAUGGGCUGUCAGGACAAGUUCCCUAACUGAAAAAGGAUAUUAGGGGAGAUGAGAAAUGCUUGUCUCCAGAUAUUUUAAAGAGGAGAGGAGAUCAGCAGCUCUUACUCCUGGAAGAGGACUAAAGAAUCUUGCUCAUGCAGAAAGUAGAGAAUCCUUGAGGCUCCAUAUAGGCAGAAGCUAGAAAUACAAAGAUCUUGUUCAUCUUCCUAUGGACAUGCUCAUAUGGGCAUGCUAUUUAAUUUUUCUUUGAAAGAAGAACUAUUCCUAUUGUCAGCUUCAAGACCUAGAAACAACACUUUUCUUGGGUCACAACCAAGAGAGAGAAUCUUAGCUGUGUGACUUUACUGCCAUCUAGAGGUUGGCCUAUGUGCAAAGGCUGAGGUUAGCUACCUGAAGAAUCAAGCAUGGAAGAAACAUCAUAGAGAGGGCUAGUCACAUGACCAGGCAGGGGGAAGGCUGCGCAAAUCCUACCUCCCCACCCCAACGAUCCGGACCAUGCUUCUAGGCGAGCAGCACUUUGCCGAGCAGUGCACAGCUGAGGAAGCCGGGACGACACGUCUCAGCCCCCAGGUAUCUCACUAUGCACCAAGCACAGUGCAGUGGGGGAUUCCCUCAGGAGAUGGGUGCUCUAGGUAGUCCGAGCUCACCCAGGAUCAGGGAGCUGGGGUUAAUGGUGCGCUGGCGCCUUUAACCCUGACUAGAAGCCGGGUUACAAAGCCAGGCUAGGCAGCACCGCCCUGCAGGGAUCAGGCCCAGUCCCGGUGGUUCUCACACGCAGCCCAACCCAGGUUGGGCUUAGCCUGGGUCAGGCUGGGUGUGAGAACAGCCUCCAUGUCUAGAGUUAGGGAUCAAGGCUGCUGCUUUUAGGUCUGCUGCUUCUACCCACAGAAGGGGUGGAGUAAUCUCAUCACGAUGACCACGUCUCAAGCACAUUCUCUAUGAUAAUCCCCCAAUUCUAGUCUUCUGGAAUUAUUUUAUUUGUCUCUUUCCUCCCUACAAAGUUCAUCAGAACUGUCACCAUUCUGUUUUAUGCAUUUUGUCAUCUUAACUGUUUUGUUUUUCUUUUGCUCUAUUCGGUAUAAAAAGAGGGUCUAAGAUAGGGCAAGAAGCAACAGCUGGAGCCUACUUGGGUACAAUAGCCAUUUGAAAACGGAGCCCAAAGCAAACACAGACAAAACACUAGAAGGGUAGAUAACCUCUCCAGUUUCUGAUGACAGAGUUCAUUCACAGCUUCCAGAUCAAACCUAGAAAUCUUUCUGUCAUAUGCAUUUUAGCAAAUACAAGUGAGUGCACUUAAGUCUGCAACAAUUGAUCACUUUACUAGAUUGCACUAUAUCAUCCUGGUGGCCUUUCCCAGCUUGAAAACACAUGGAACUUUUUGUUUUGUUUUUGUUUGGGGCAGUUGCAAAUUAUGCCAAGUGCUGAAUAUGGUACUUGGAUUUCUGAAUGUAAUUUUUAUACAAAGGAAGAAAUCUUCCUUCCUUCCUUCCUCAGUGAUCCACACUGAGUCCCUAGAAAUGUGCCCUUCUGAAAUAUGAUCAGCUCUAACUAUGGGGAACUCCUGUUGGGGAGAAGCAGAUGCAUGGAGUGAGUCCAGUGCUCUCUUUCUCUGCAAACAAUCUGUGCUGUGGGACUGAAGCAGCACUGACCGCGUCUGGGGUAUAAGUGUGUGUGUGUAUCUUUAAGUAUAGCAGCACAUGUGCAACUUUUAGAAACUCCUGGACAUCUCAGAGACAGGCCUGAGUGCCCAGUUAAAUAUAAGAGGACAAGACCUCCAUGUGGCUUGUGAAGAACUAACCAGGCACAACACUUAUUUGUGAUAACUCUCGAGUAUUCUAUUAUUGUUGACAUUAUUGUAAUAUAAGCACGUUACAGCAGUUUUCACUGUACACAAUACUUUACAAUGCUCUCGUUCUCCAUUCUUCUCCCAAUGUAUCAAAGCUUUUGUGGGCUUUAUUUUUUAAGAGAUCUAUGUAUUAAAAUGAAAGUUCAGUUUGUUUUA